AUGGCAAGAUCCUUGUUGCUCCCGCUAACGCUAGUUUUCCUCUUAACCGGGUUGGUCUCAGCUCGUGACUGGAACAUCCUAAACCAGCUCAAAGGCAUCAACCCAACCACAACCACCACGAAGACUAGCCAAAACGGCCUCGUAUCGUCGAAAAGUCCUAACCUAAACGGAUACUGCGAGAGCUGGAGAGUCAACGUGGAGCUUAACAACAUUAGAGACUUCAAGGUGGUGCCACAGGAAUGUGUCUGGUUUGUACAAAAGUACAUGACCUCAUCUCAGUACGAGGAUGACGUGGAGAGAGCCGUUGAUGAAGCUAUCCUCUACCUCGGAAAAACUUGUUGCGAAAAGAAGAAAUGUGAUGGUAUGGAUGCUUGGAUCUUUGACAUUGAUGACACACUUCUCUCCACCAUUCCUUACCACAAAGACAACGGCUGCUUCGGUGGGGAGCAACUUAACACGACCAAGUUCGAGGAAUGGCAAAGUUGGGGAAAGGCACCAGCGGUUCCAAACAUGGUGAAGUUGUUCCAUGAGAUUAGAGAGAGAGGUUUCAAGAUCUUUUUGGUCUCUUCUCGUAAAGAGUAUCUCAGAUCCGCCACCGUCGAAAACCUUAUCGAAGCCGGUUACCACGGCUGGUCUAACCUCCUCCUCAGGAGUGAAGAAGAUGAGAAGAAGAGUGUGAGCAAAUACAAAGCAGAUUUGAGGACAUGGCUUACAAGUCUUGGUUACAGAGUUUGGGGAGUGAUGGGUGCACAAUGGAACAGCUUCUCUGGUUGUCCAGUUCCCAAGAGAACCUUCAAGCUCCCUAACUCCAUCUACUAUGUCGCCUGA